AUGCGUUCUACCUCAAAUUCUCUUACCAUUACACGAUCUUUCAUACGUCCACAUCGUAUUUAUUCAAGCAUAAUAUCAAAUACAACACUAACACCAUCAACAACAACAAGUAUAUCAUUAACAGCAUCAGUAAUACAAACCAUUGUUGAGCAACCAAGUGAUAUUUAUGAUUCAAGUAUAACAAAACCAUUUGCAUUGGUUUGUUUAUUUAUUGGAUCUGUUGGAAAUUCAUUAUCAUUUAUUGUUUUUACUCAAAAACAAUUACGUCGAUAUUCUACAUUUCGUUAUUUAGCUUAUUUAUCAAUUAUUGAUCUUAUUGUAUUAUAUUUAGGUUUAGGAAAUAUUAUUUUACGUGAUUAUUUUUUAUUUGAUAUACGAGUACAAAAUUUAUUUCUCUGUAAAUUUCAUACAUUUUUUACAUAUGUAACAACACAAUUAUCAUCAUGGAUAUUAACGAUUGUUUCAAUUGAUCGUGCUAUUGCAUGUACAGUUAUACAAUUAAAUAAACGUAUAUGUCGACCAAAAUCAGCCGAUCAAAUCUUUUUUGGUAUGUGUAUAAUUGCUUGUUUAAUGAAUAGUCAUAUUUUAUUAUUUAUGGGUUCAAAACGUACAUUAAAUCAUUUAUCUAUUGAAAAUACAUCAUUAGAACAAACUAUUAUUGUAUGUACUCAUAAUACAUCAAGUACUUAUUUUAAAUUCUUUGAAAAACCUUAUAAUAUAAUUGAUCUUUUAUCCUAUGUACUUAUUCCAUUCAUUAUAAUGACAAUAUGUGCUAGUAUAAUAGCCUAUCGUCUAUUUUUUUCAUUCAGUCAUACAACAAUGCAUAUAGCAAUUAAAGGUAAAACCCGUAAUGGAACACGACGUGCAAAGCAAAUAUCUUAUAUGUUAUUAAUAUUAAAUUUAGUAUUUGUUAUAUUAUUAACACCUGUUGUUCUUGGUCAAAUAUUUCAAGAACUUAACGAAGAACAUCGUUAUCGUUUGUAUAAUUCUAUAACAUUAUUAAUGUCAUAUUCUAACCAUGCAUUAAAUUUUGUUCUCUAUGGAAUAGCAUCACCACAAUUUCGUUUAACAUUAAGACAAUUAUUAGGUCUUGGAAAUACUGAAGUAUUACAAAGACGUUUACAAACAUACGGUUACUAUACUUCAACAGGUUUUUAA